GUGGGGCUCACGUGACACCCUCCCCAAUCCCUACGUAAGACCUGGGGCAAAGGUCUUCGUGUCUUGCCCCCGCUCACGUGUGUGGCCCGGCUCCACCCACCAGCGAGGGAGCUUGGCCGGCGCCGCGGGCUCGCUCGCCCACGCCCUGUGUUCCUGUGGCGGGGCUGGCGGCGCGGUGGCCGAGUGCUGAUGAGUGCGGCUCCGGGCGCGCGGGGGCCGGUGUGCGCGGUGGAGUCCCCGCCGGCCCCGCCCUUGCGGCCCCUGUUCAGACAUGUGCGGUACGAGAACCUCGUGGCGGGUCUGAGCGGCGGUGUCGUCUCCACUCUGGUGCUGCAUCCGCUGGACCUGGUGAAGAUCCGCUUCGCAGUGAGUGACGGGUUGGAAUUGAGACCAAAAUACAAUGGGAUUCUACACUGUUUGACCACUGUCUGGAAGCAUGAAGGACUACGUGGCCUGUACAAAGGGGUAAUUCCAAACAUUUGGGGUGCAGGUGCCUCCUGGGGACUCUACUUUUUCUUCUAUAAUGCCAUCAAAGCCUAUAAGGAGGAAAGAAAGCUAGAAAGUCUUGGUGCAACGGAGCACCUAGUGUCAGCUGCUGAGGCCGGAGUCAUGACCCUCUGUAUCACAAACCCAAUAUGGGUAACGAAGACACGGCUUGUGUUACAGUAUGAUGCUGGCAUUGAUUCAUCAAAGCGCCAGUACAAAGGAAUGUUUGAUGCUCUUAUAAAGAUAUACAAGCUGGAGGGUAUACGUGGCUUAUACAAGGGAUUUGUGCCUGGUCUGUUUGGAACUUCACAUGGAGCACUUCAGUUCAUGGCAUAUGAAGAUCUGAAAUUGAGAUACAAUAAACAUAGAAACAGACUAUUGGAUACAAAAUUGACUGCUUUAGAAUACAUUACCAUGGCAGCACUAUCCAAAAUAUUUGCUGUGUCAGCAACAUACCCAUAUCAAGUAGUGCGAGCUCGUCUUCAGGAUCAACACAAUAGGUACUCUGGAAUGGUUGAUGUUAUUCGCAGGACGUGGAGGAAAGAAGGAGUUCAUGGAUUUUACAAAGGAAUCAUCCCCAAUGUGAUCAGAGUGACUCCUGCCUGCUGUAUCACCUUUGUAGUGUAUGAAAAUGUAUCUAAUUUUUUGCUUAAUUUUAGAAAAGAGAAUCAUUAAAUUAAAGCUAGGAGUUUGCAUCCAAAGGAGUUUACUGUCCUUUAUUUUUUGAAACUUGUAAUCCGAGAGAAAUAUUGUACAACUGUCUAGCUUGAGAUUGUGAACUGCUCCAGUAAUCAAUGCAAGAAUUUGGGGAUCAGAAAACCCAAACUGCCUUCUCUUCUAUUGGGGCUCUCCUGACCCCUCUUUUCCUCUCUUUUCUGUCAAUCAGCAGCCUCUGCCUGAAACAGCUGUUCCCAUCCCAACCUUAAAACAGCACAGUGACGGGAUAAAGGCAGACUUGCAACAGCUAUGUCCUUCGAUUAACUGAUCUCUCUAAAUCAUCUUUUCCUAUACAAGAGCAAGAACCUGAUGAUGUCCAGGGUUAAUUGAGUGGGGUUGUGAGGACAUCAAAAGUUGUGAUAGGUUCCAGAUCUAUCAAACACAGGGCCUCUCUUUGGCGGUCUCCCCACAGAACUGUGUACACGUUUGUCCUCAUGGUGGUCUGGAGUUUUCUAAAUCCCAUCCAUGUGUAAUUUGUCAGGUUUCAGAAUUACAAAUGCCCUGAUUGCAGUGUGUGCGCAGUGCAAUCCCUGACUCACUGGAGGAGACUGCGGGGGCGGGGACAGCACAAACAUUUAGAGUACCUUUAAGGUACAGUGUGGCUGGAGACAGUGAGGAGAAGGGCUUUCACCCAGCCCAUUAUAUUAAAAUCUGAUAAACCUCCAGUUUUAGUAUAAUGUCCAAGGCAUCUUGCAAAAUUUUUGCAGCAUCAGACCUAAAUCAGCAGUUAAUGUGUCACUGGUCACUUCUCCACUUUUUUCCUCUUAGAGGGAAAGACAAAUUCUCUCACUUAGUUACAGAGAUUACAUGUAAACUCCAGGUUGAGUUUACAUUGAAGUAAAAGGACAUGUUCAGACACAUAGACAUGUUUAACAAAUAGCUUGGUGCUUUUGCACUAGUUUUUGUAAAUAACAGCAGUUUUCAAAGUCUUAUUUUAAAGAUGGCUAUUUCAAAAUGUUGGUCUUAUUUAUUCAGAGUGGUAGCCGUGUUAGUCUGUAUCAGCAAAAAGAACGAGGAAUACUUGU